GCCCAGCGUCCGCCGCCGCUGGCCCCGCACGCGCCCGGCCCCACCAUGCGACCCCCGGCCGCCGCGCUGGCCCCGCCGCUGCUGUUUCUGCUGCUGCAGCUGCUGGCCCCGCGAGUCCCAGCCAGCCCCGCGCCCGACGACAAGAGAGUUUGCCAAGGCACAAGUAACAAGCUGACCCAGUUGGGAACUUUUGAAGACCACUUCCUGAGUCUCCAAAGGAUGUUCAACAACUGUGAAGUGGUCCUUGGGAAUUUGGAAAUCACCUAUAUGCAAAGGAAUUAUGACCUUUCCUUCUUAAAGACAAUCCAGGAAGUGGCUGGCUAUGUGCUCAUUGCACUCAACACUGUGGAGAGGAUCCCCUUGGAGAACCUGAAGAUCAUCAGGGGGAAUGUGCUAUAUGAACAGACCCACGCCCUGUCGGUCUUGUCCAACUACUAUGGAGGCAACAAGACUGGGCUGAGGGAGCUGCCUCUUCGAAACCUCCAGGAAAUUCUGCAGGGCACUGUGAGAUUCAGCAACAACCCUGCCUUGUGCAACGUGCAUUCUAUCCAGUGGCGGGACAUUGUUGAUGACAACUUCCUGAGCAACAUGUCAUUGGACUUUCAGAACCAGCUGGGUAAUUGCCAGAAGUGUGAUCCUAGUUGUUCCAAUGGAAGCUGCUGGGGUCCUGGGAAGGAGAACUGUCAGAAACUGACCAAGGUCAUCUGUGCCCAGCAGUGUUCCGGGCGCUGCCGCGGCCGGUCCCCCAGCGACUGCUGCCACAACCAGUGUGCCGCCGGCUGCACGGGGCCCCGUGAAAGCGACUGCCUGGCCUGCCGCAGGUUCCGGGAUGAAGCCACAUGCAAGGACACCUGCCCACAGCUCAUGCUCUACAACCCCACCACAUACCAGAUGGAUGUCAACCCAGAGGGGAAGUACAGCUUUGGUGCCACCUGUGUGAAGAAAUGCCCCCGGAACUACGUGGUGACGGACCACGGCUCCUGUGUCCGAGCCUGCAGCUCUGACAACUAUGAGGUGGAGGAAGAUGGCAUCCGCAAGUGUAAGAAGUGUGAGGGACCUUGUCGCAAAGUUUGUAAUGGAAUAGGGAUUGGAGAAUUUAAAGGCACACUUUCCAUAAAUGCCACAAACAUUAAACACUUCAAAAACUGCACCACAAUCAGUGGGGAUCUUCACAUUCUGCCAGUAGCAUUCAAAGGUGACAGCUUCACACACACUCCUCCUCUGGAUCCAGAGGAACUGAACAUCCUAAGGACUGUAAAGGAAAUUACAGGGUUUCUGCUUAUUCAGGCCUGGCCAGAAAACAGGACAGACCUCCACAUUUUUGAGAACCUGGAAAUCAUACGCGGUCGAACUAAGCAACAUGGUCGUUUUUCUCUUGCUGUUGUCGGCCUGAAUAUAACGUCCUUGGGAUUACGCUCCCUCAAGGAGAUAAGUGAUGGAGAUGUGGUAAUUUCAGAAAACCGAAAGUUAUGCUACGCAUCCACAGUAAACUGGAAAAAGUUAUUUGGGACCUCAAGUCAGAAAUCAAAAGUUUCAAACAAUAGAGAUUUAAAUGACUGUAAGGCCAUGGGCCAUGUGUGUGAUCCCUUAUGCUCAUCGGAGGGCUGCUGGGGCCCAGAGCCCAAAGACUGUGUGUCCUGCCGCAACGUCAGCAGGGGAAAGGAAUGUGUGGAGAAAUGCAACAUCCUAGAGGGGGAGCCACGGGAGUUUGUGGAGAAUUCUGAGUGUAUACAGUGCCACCCAGAGUGUCUGCCCCAGACCAUGAACAUCACCUGCACAGGACACGGACCAGCCCAUUGUGUGAAGUGCACCAACUAUAUGGAUGGCCCCCACUGUGUCCAGACCUGCCCUGCAGGUGUCCUGGGAGAAAACAACACCCUGGUCUGGAAGUAUGCCGACGCCAACCACGUGUGCCACCCUUGCCACAUCAACUGUACCAUCGGCUGCGACGGGCCAGGCCUUGAAAACUGCAUCGGCAGGACCAAGAUCUCGUUCAUCGCCAUUGGGAUAGUGGGAGGGCUCCUGCUGCUCCUGGUGGUUGCCCUUGCAGUUGGCCUGUUUCUCCGCAGACGUCACAUUGUCCGGAAGCGCACACUGCGGAGACUGCUCCAAGAAAGAGAGCUGGUUGAGCCCCUGACACCCAGUGGAGAAGCCCCCAAUCAAGCUCUCUUGAGGAUCUUAAAGGAAACUGAGUUCAAAAAGCUCAAAAUUCUGGGCUCUGGAGCGUUUGGCACAGUGUACAAGGGACUCUGGAUCCCAGAAGGUGAGAAGGUGAAAAUCCCUGUGGCCAUCAAGGAAUUAAGAGAAGCCACGUCUCCCAAAGCCAACAAGGAGAUUCUGGAUGAAGCCUAUGUCAUGGCCAGCGUGGACAACCCCCAUGUGUGCCGUCUUCUGGGCAUCUGCCUGACCUCCACUGUCCAGCUCAUCACACAGCUCAUGCCUUUCGGCUGCCUCCUAGACUAUGUCCGUGAGCAUAAGGACAAUAUUGGCUCCCAGCACCUGCUCAACUGGUGUGUCCAGAUUGCAAAGGGCAUGAAUUACUUGGAGGAUCGGCGCUUGGUGCACCGUGAUUUGGCAGCCAGGAAUGUUCUGGUGAAGACCCCACAGCAUGUCAAAAUCACAGACUUUGGGCUGGCCAAACUCCUUGGUGCCGAAGAGAAGGAAUACCAUGCAGAAGGAGGCAAAGUGCCUAUCAAGUGGAUGGCUUUGGAAUCAAUUUUACACCGAAUUUACACCCACCAGAGUGAUGUCUGGAGCUAUGGAGUCACUGUUUGGGAGCUGAUGACUUUUGGAUCCAAGCCUUAUGAUGGUAUCCCUGCGAGUGACAUCUCCACCAUCCUGGAGAAAGGAGAGCGCCUCCCGCAGCCCCCCAUCUGCACCAUUGACGUCUACAUGAUCAUGGUCAAGUGCUGGAUGAUAGAUGCAGACAGUCGCCCAAAGUUCCGUGAACUGAUCAUUGAAUUCACCAAAAUGGCUCGAGACCCCCAGCGCUACCUUGUCAUCCAGGGGGAUGAGAGAAUGCACUUGCCGAGCCCUACGGACUCCAACUUCUACCGAGCCCUGAUGGAGGAGGAGGACAUGGAGGAUGUCGUAGAUGCUGAUGAGUACCUGGUUCCCCAGCAGGGCUUCUUCCACAGCCCAUCCACCUCCCGCACGCCCCUCCUGAGCUCCCUGAGUGCCACCAGCAACAAUUCCACCGUGACUUGCAUUAACAGAAAUGGGCAGAGCUGCCCCCUCAAGGAGGAUGGCUUUCUGCAGCGCUACAGCUCUGACCCGACUGGCACCGUGCCUGAGGAGAAUCUGAAUGAUGCCUUCCUGCCUGCCCCUGAAUAUGUCAACCAGUGUGUUCCCAAGAGGCCUGCAGGCUCUGUCCAGAACCCAGUCUAUCAUAACCAGCCUCUCCAUGCAGCUCCUGGCAGAGACCCACACUACCAGAACCCCAGCAGCAAUGCAGUGGACAACCCCGAGUAUCUCAACACCAUCUACCCUGCCCACACCAGCAGCACGGACGCUCCUGCCCGCUGGGCCCAGACAGGCAGCCACCAGAUCAGCCUGGACAACCCCGACUACCAGCAGGACUUCUUUCCAAAGGAAACCAAGUCCAAUGGCAUCUUUAAGGGGCCUUCAGCUGAAAACGCAGAGUACCUGAGAGUAGCACCACCCAGCAGCGAGUUUACUGGGGCAUGACCCUGGAGAGAAACACCAGCCAUGAAAGUCCAGAUACUUUAUCCCCCAUGAACCCAGCCAGGACAGCAGAUCCAGUCCCAAGACCAUGCCUGCACUAACUCUCGGGCCGUGGGCUGGAUGUGCCAUGUUUGCUUUCAUCAGCCAAUCUUUCAACCAGGAAGCACCCUACUUGAAUGCACCAUGGGGAACUGCAGGUGCAUUUCCUGCAAUUUUUCUUUGUCUUCAAACUGUGAGGUGCCCACAAAAAAAAAAGGCAUCCAGGAAAAAUGUUGUCCACUGGGCAAAGUUUGCCAUUCAAUGAGGUAUAUUGGCGUCAGCGGGGAGGGUACAGCUAUGAAUAAGGAUUUUUAUUGCUUGGUGACCUUUGGGAGUUUUGUCAUUAUUGCUUUAGUUUGUAAUGAGCUUUUCUAAGGAAGAAACCCAAUUAUAGAUAGCACUUGCUGCAUGAGUUGUUCUAGACUCAACCGUGACCUAGAAGCAAGGACCAGAAUCUUCACAAAUUCCUGACUCUAACUGGUUUUGCACCAAGGCCUUUCCCUUGUAAAACAGUGAAAUAGACAUGAAACCCUCUGCAUAUCAAGAUGCCCCCUUAGUCUCAUAGAGAAUUGUGACAAUUGUGAUGAGUGCAAAAGGAGAAGCCAUUCUGACCAUUCCUGGGAGGAAAAAAAAAUCCCUAAGGGCCUAGCAUUCUUCCUCGGAUGUACUUUUUCUAUAAAAGUUGUCAUGGUACUUGCCUUCUGCCAGCUGACUAGUGUUUUCUCAUUGUAUGAUUAGACUUGUUUAUCUUCCAUUUCUUCAUUUUGAAACUCAGUAUACUUUCUCUAUUAGCAAAAACUGACGGUACAUCAACUAAUAGGCCAAGGCAGCUCGAAUUUCAGACCAACACGUUCAAGAUGGACUGGGACAGUUCCAGGUUCACAGGAGACGAUAUCACCAGAGAGAGUCUAAGAUGAACUAUGUAAAGUCCUUUGGUGUAAAGGGAGCAUGCAUCAGAAGAAUAAGAAAUGAAGGUGUUCAUCAAACCCAGUUAGCCUCCUUUUCAAAAAAAAUUUUUUUUUUAGUUUAGGCUAUCACGGAAGAUAAUUUGCUACCUUUUCACUUUUAAGUGGUUUACUCUUUGUUCUGUUCCAGUAAACUGCCUCUCAGAGUCCUCCCCACCCUUUGCAUGGAGAAGCAUCCAGGCUUUGGGUCAAAUCUGCAAGAACUUACAGUGCCCCACACCCUGUGUGCACUUUACAGAUGGAGGCAAAGAUCACAUAGUAUGAAAUGCAAGUGGUACAUAAGAAAUUGGAGUUUGAAGUGAAUGAGAAUGCCUUCACAAUAUAAAUGGGUGCUUUAGAAGAAGAAAAAAAUCUGUUUAAAAUAAUUUCCCUCUACUGGAGAUCCAACUAGUGGGUACACUAUCUUUUUUUCUGAUCCUGGUGACCUUGCAGCCUCAUCUGCGAGUGAUGGUCAUUUGCCCAUGGCGUUCUAUACACACAUCAAUGUCUAUACACACAAACACCGAUCCAGUUUAUCAAAAAAUAAGGUGUUUCACAAGGUAUUUAUGGGCUAAGAGUGUGUUCUGUUAUGCACAAAAACAUUUUUUUGACUUCUAAAUGACUGAAUCUCAGAUGGAUUGGAGCCCACUGUUUUGUUACCAGAAUACUUUAUUCUAUCUCAAUGAGAAAAAUAUACUAAUUCCAUUCUGUUCUCAAAUACUCUAGCACACCUAUAUAAGCCUGGUACUGAGGAUAUAGAAAUGUAUAAAGCUUCAUCCCCCAACUCUCAGAAAUUCAUAAUUUUGUAAAAGGACAGACUCAAAUGCCAACCCUAGAACUGCAUGACAGAUGCCAGACAAGCAUGCUCAGUGAGCACCUCCAGCUUGGAGGAGGCAGCAUGGAUUCUCCGCCAGCAGAGAAAGGCACACUCGCUGGGAGGACAGCAGAGUUCGGAUGAGGGUCUAGACUCAGGACAUGGAAGUGUGCUCCAUCUCUUCCUGAGGAACACUGAUCAAGGGUUCCAGAAAGAGCGGCAGCACUCCCAGCUUCUGUGCAUCUGUCUCUGUUGGAAUUUCAAUAAUUAGCGAGAUGAAGCAGCCUCUCUCAGAACCUGUAGUGUAUACUAUUGGUGGGAAACCGCUCUCCUUACUCACCUCAGAGCUCAAGUCUUAUAGUUGGAGCUCACUGGGGUAAAAUGAGCCAUUCGGAGCCUCUUCCCUCUUUCCUUUGUGAGAAACAGCCCCAAGGUAGAGCUCCUGAGGGUCAGACAGUGGCCAUUAAAGCCUAGUUUUCUGGUCAUUUGAGACAUCUUACUAAAAUGGCAUAAAAUCCAUGACAGCUAUUCAAGGUUUUUCUUUGUAUUUUAGUUUUCCUGGAUAAAAUAUAAUUGCUUAAUCCUAUUAAUGUUAAGAUUGGGUUUCCCAUAAUGUCCUCACUCCAGUGUUCUGGGAGGUCUUGGUGUCUCAUGAGGGGUUGGUGCUUCCAGUUCACUGUCCCCUGUGGGCAGGGCAGGAGGGCCCCUCAGGACUCCAGGCUGUCCACAGCACAGCCCCCCGUGGCCACAUUCCCAUGCAGAUACUGACCCUUCAGUUCUUCCUUAUAGCAGAGGCCACUGAGACCCAGCCUGUGGCUCCUCCCCAUCAGGAGACCUUUCCUAGGGCCAGCCUCAGAGUCUAGGGGACAAGUGGGAGUCUGGAGCUGCCACUGACAGCAGGCACAGUCCCAGUGCGCAUCACCUCCAAGUUCCGAGGAGCCUUUUGUGCGUCUGGAGAUCCUCCUGUCAUCUUGGGAAGUAAUGAGAAACAACUCUUCCCGUCUCUGUACCUGAGCCUCGCUGCCUCUGACCUUAUAGUGAGAAGCUCUGUGGGAGCUGCCCAUUGCAUCGCAGAUAAUCCACAGUGCUUAGGAAUCUGUUUACAUUUCCUAUUUCUGCACUAAAGCUCUCAUCGACUCUUGACAAAAAUCAACUUUGAACUGCAUGACUACAGCAAGGUCCUGUUCACAUAUGCUGUUGCCCUUAUCAGCUUCUGGAUCUCUAUCAAAAAGUUUUCUGAUUUAACUCAUCUCCAAGGUAGUCUGGUUCUGGGAACUUUCAAUGCUCCCUCGGAAUUAUUCUGGAAAAAAGGCCCAGUAGUGGGAGAAAGCCCUCAGUCGAUGGCUUUCCUCUUGACUCAUGCAAUGUAGGUUUCAACCCCUUUUCUCACGUGACUAUACAGAGACAGACAAGGCCAAUAGGUAUGAAUGGUAACCAAGAGUCCACUCCCCCUGCCGCUACAAUGCCCUGAUCAGUUUUGAAGAAGGAAGUUAGGAGUCUCAGACCAAAUAAAUAAGAAUCUUGGGGGACUCCAUGUGACCCUCAUGAACAGGUAGAGUUGAGUCCUCAUCUCUUCAGUCAUCGGUAGGCAUAUGAAUAUGUGUCUGCACUGUGCCUCAGUUGGGGCCAGAAUAAAAGAGGCAGGGUAGAAUGAAGAUUCUUAUGUAAUCCCCAAUGUCCUAAACCUUGGUCCAUACACCAAUCAAGUGCUAAUAACAUGCAUUUUCUACAGAUUUAGAAAAUUUGUCUCCUCCCAGGAAAUAAGCUUUUGACUCGUACCUGAUAGCUAUUGAAAUUGCCCUUAUGUCUGUGUUGCGUUUCUUUCCCUUGAUAAGCACACAUUUUUAUUACAACUUAAUGAUCUGUUUAUAUUUCCUUGUCUGGGGCUAUAAAACCUCUCCAAAUAGAUUCCUGUUUGGUGCCUCAAUUACCAGUGCACUGGUGUAUUGGGGUGUUAUAUUUUUUUACUAUUGAAAUGACACAUUCAGACAACAGGAUCUCUAGAUGUCAGUCUAUUUUUGUAAUUUUUUUUUUUGAGGAGGAGUAUCCUCUUGAUGUAGCACUGAAUUUUUUAGGGUAUAUUUUUAGAAAAACUCAUUUUUCUACUAAACAGUUUACUUUAGAGAGACUACAACAGAAUAAAAAUUUGAAAUGAGAAUUUCCUUGAACUGAGAGAAAGGUCUCUGUCUUUUAAGACAUAACCUCAUCACUGAGCUAAGCUAGAUUAUCCUGGUGAGGAGAAUGGUACAUUUAUAUUUAUAAAAUAAGAAAAGGCGGAAUGCACAUAUAAUUUAGUCCUGGUCUGUGGCAGUUUCCAUUGAGUCUGUCCAGAGUGACAGUCAUGGAGAACUCCUUUCCAGAAUUACUGAUAGAUGAGCCCAAUUGCAUGCUGACCUCCACUUAUCUGUAAAUGUAAAAAGGCAAUAACAUAGCACUUUGUUUAAACUUGCUAAUCUGACUCUGAAAUGAAUUGUUUUAUUUUUACAUUUACAACUGAUAGACAUUUACCAACCAAUAGCGCAGAAGUCUCUGCAAACCCCUAACGUUCAGCAUGUUUUGGUGACUAAUUUGGAUCAUAUGUUGAUGAAGUCCACCUGUCUCACCAAGCUUUUCCUUCACCGUCAAGAAGUCCGCUCCCACCCCACCCACACAGUGACCUUAGCUGUGGAAUUUGGGAAAAUCCAGAGGCCCCCCUGUACCCAGGUCCAUGAUCUACAAGCCAUAAGGGGUGAAACCCAGGCAUUUUUAUCUUUUAAAGCUCAAGUCAUUCUGAGACUCAGCCAAGGCCAAGAACCACCAGCCUAGAGAUUAAGCAUUGGAGCUUGAACUUACAGGAAAUUUUGCCAAUGCAGAGAUUUCAGGGGGUGAUCCCAUGUCUAAGAACAUUAAGCCAAAUGGCCUUAACAUCUGCCACUUAGAAACCUAGAGGGCCAGCAGCUCCCACACAGAUACCCAAGCACUAGAGAGGAAAAGAUUGAGCUGACAGCUGGAAGGGAAAUAGAGAACAGAUAUUCAUCUCCCAUUUCCUCUAUUAAAGGUUGACUGGUGGUAAAAUAAAGAUAAUGAGGCAUUCUUGCUUUUGUGCAGCGAACUCACCACCCUCUCUUUAGCAACCAAGUGACCUUUAUUUCCCGGAUGAAAGAGACCUUGACCUCUCAGAUACUUUACCAUAGAGGAUAUCAAAAGACUUGGAAAAGUACAACAAAGGAUUCUUGCUUUAAGACACAUUUUGCAUUUUUUUCCAUACAUCAUAUCCGGGAAUUAAAACUGCACUGGUUAAUAAUGCUUUCUCUCUGUGUUUAUCUGCACGAUCACUGUGAGUGGUGGGAGGUUGUGUGACUCUUGGCAGAAUCACCUGCGUGGGUCCCCACCUGUCACAGGCACAGGAGACAGGAAGGCAUUGUUAAACAUAUUGUCUUCUUGAAAAAGAGAGGGUGAGAGAAGCCCCUUAACUCACCUUGGCUCCAGAAACAUCUUGCUGUAGAAUAUCUUGGAAAUUAAGAGAUCCCAUGGAUCUGACUUCAGCAGAAGAGGGCUGAGACAAAGCAAUGAACUUCAACUGAAAUGAGCGAAGGCAUCUACAGACGGUACCUUUUAACAGUGUAAAGUUUUGCUAUGAAAUUGCUAUUUGUACAAUUGAAAAGCAAGAUUCUCUUUUCUAUGGUUUAUACUGUUGAUCAGAAUAUGAUUGUACGUUGAGCAUUAAAAUUUUAGAUGUAUAUCA